GCCCCCACAUUACACUAGUUUUCUCUCUCUGACCGUGCAGCUUGCAGAUAAGUUGAAGAAUGGCCGGGGAGAAGGAUCCUGCUUUUUUCCUCUUAUUUUUGUUACUGUUUCCUCUUCCGCAGGCAUCCAAGAUCUUGACAAUCAGCUUUUUAGGUGGAAGUCAUUACCUGCUGAUGGAUGAGAUCUCCCGUAUACUUCAUGACAAUGGCCACGAAGUGAGAAUGUUUCUACAAGACAUAGGUGGAAUGCUUCCAGGUCGCCAGUCCAGGCAGAGCCCCUAUGCCGUCUCCACAUACUCCAUGGAUGAAAAAUAUAUAAAGGAAUUUAAAGCUCUUUUCAAUGAACAGCAGAAAGACAAUCUCAGGGGCCGAAACAGUCUAGACAACUUCAUGAUGUUUCUAAAUGAGCUGUCCUAUCAAUGUAAUGUCACUCUACAUCAGACUGACAUAUUUAACUUCUUAAAGGAGGAAAAGUACGACCUGGCUGUCAUUGAAGGCUUCAAUCCUUGCAGUUUCCUGGCCGCGGAGAAGCUGGGUGUUCCAUACAUAGCUUUCUUCCCUGGGCCCUUCAUGAAUGCCGGCAAGAUUGGUAUACUAGGUCCUCUCUCUUACGUACCAAUGUUCUACUCUGAGCUCACCGACCGCAUGGAUUUCUUUGGGCGUUUGAAGAACACCUUAAUGUACUUGGCAUCCCCCAUAGUAGAUGGAAAAAUGGAUGCAGUGUUUCAGAUGGUCAUUAAUGAGCACUUUACCGUGGGCUCCAGACCAUCCAUAACUGACCUGCAUAUAAAGGCUGAGCUCUGGAUAUACAAUGUAGACUUUGCUAUUGAGUUUCCUCGACCACUAUUACCAAAUGUUCAAUGCAUUGGAGGAUUAUUGGCCAAGCCUGCAAAGCCGGUAUCUCAAGAACUAGAAGACUUUAUAGCAGAAUCAGGGGACUCUGGCUUUAUAGUGGUGACACUGGGAUCAAUGAUUUCUUCACUUCCACUAGUGGAGUUUCUGAAGGAGAUGAAUGACGGAUUUGCUAAGAUUCCACAGAAAGUCAUCUGGAGAUAUAAGAGGUCAGAAUGGCCAAAAGAAGUGAACGUUGCCCAUAACGUCAGGCUCAUGGACUGGGUGUCCCAGAACGAUUUGUUGGGCCAUCCCAAAGUGCGUCUUCUGGUGACACAUGGAGGACUGAACAGUCUGAUGGAGGCCGUGUACCACGGGGUGCCUAUAGUGGGGAUCCCACUUUUCGGAGACCAGAAUGAAAAUAUGGUUCGCAUUAAAGCAAAGAGCAUGGGAACCUUCAUUCCACCCGAUCAAAUGAAGGCUGAGAACUUUGCAAACACCAUACGAGAAGUAAUAGAAAAUAGCCGUUACAAGGCAUCUGUAAUGAAGCAGAGUAUAAUCCUGCGCUCACGUCCACUUCCUCCCGACCAGCAGUUAUUGGGAUGGGUGGAGCACAUCAUCCAGUCGGGUGGAGGCGGCCAUCUUAAGCCCUACUCUUACCAACAGCCCUGGUAUCAGCAGUUUCUCCUGGAUGUCAUCUUAUUUAUCUCGACUUGUGUCGCUGUGGUCACCUACCUCAUCCUGAAAGUUAUCAGAGUUCUUAUCUACUUCAUGUUUUCCAAUAGGAAACAGAAACAAAACUAAAAAAAAUGUUAUGUAAUUUUUUUUCAUACAGUGGGGCAAAAAGGUAU